AUGGAGUGGAAUCAACAGACCCAACGCCUCGGAGCCCUCCUAAUGGCCACGGGCAUCACCGACACCGCUCAACAAGCCUUCGACCGAGCCCAAGAGCUCAAGCGAUUCGAAGAAUCCAAGCUCGGCGUCAAAGGUCUCCUCAACUCCGGCCUCACCUCCAUCCCUCCUCUCUUCAUCCACCCGCCCAAGACCCUCUCCAGCCUCAGGCCCGCCCACCCCAGGCCCAUUUCGAUCCGUUCAAUCCCCACCAUCAACCUCUCCGGCUACAACUCCGGCCAGCAGCCCUCCGUCGUUAAAGAAGUGGGGCACGCGGCUCAUGAGCUCGGCUUCUUCCAAGUAGUCAACCAUGGUGUGCCGACGAAGGUCAUGGACCACAUGAUCACGGUGGCGAAGGCCUUCGAUGAGCAGCCGAUGGAGGCGAAGGCGAGGAUCUACUGGAGGGGGAUGGAGAACGGGGUCAUUCUUCUCCAAUGUCGACUUGUUCCGCUCCAAAGCAGCUAG